UUAUUCCAGUUGAAAAAAUAAAAAAGGAGGCCAGUGAAGGGUGCUUUCCUCAUUGAAAUUAUUUGCCGCGGUUCGAGUUGGAGGCAGGAAGGACUGGGACUAGGAGGAGGCCCCUGAAAGUGAAAGAGGGAAAGGCAGAUCGGAUCUAAAAAGCCAAAGAGCUGUUAUCUAUAGGUGGAUCGAUCGGGAAAAGCAAUGCAGGGAGGAUCGACGGGAAUCGGCUAUGGUCUCAAAUAUCAGGCGAGAUGCAUUUCCGACGUCAAAGCAGACACCGACCACACCUCCUUCCUCGCUGCCACUCUCAGUCUCAAAGAAGAAAAUGAGGUGCAUCUCAUUAGGCUUUCUUCGGAUGGUAAUGAAUUGAUUUGCGAGGGUUUGUUUUCACACCCAAAUGAGAUCUGGGACCUCGCUUCUUGCCCUUUUGAUCAGCGCAUUUUCUCUACCGUCUUUUCUUCUGGUAACUACUACUAACAUUUUCUGCUCUCU